CAUUCACGGCCUUGUCUGUCAAUCACUGGGUGCAGGCAAGUGAUUCCUCACCGGCACUCGUUGAUCACCGAGUAUCACCAAUGGGGGAAGAGUGACCUGUGUAUAAACAACAGCGUUAAUUUCUUCCCUGCUAGCUCCUGUACACUGCUUUGUAUGGCUGUGCAUAGCACAGCCAGUGUAAAGCAUGCACACAGCACGCAGUAAAACACACACAGCACUCAGUUAACCCUUUGAUCACCUCAGAUGUUAACCCCUUCCUGCCCAGUGCCAUUAGUACAGUGUCACUGUAUUGGUGUCAUUAGGGAUGUCAAUGACAACAAGUCAGUUCCCCCCAGUGUCAAAAUGUCCCCCCCGCAGUCCUGCUAUAACUAG